CUCCACAGAUUGGCUGUGUGUGGACUGGAGCAGUUACCUCCUCCGUAGUGAGUGUGUCGCAAACCACUGGACUGGAUCGUUAAACGACAAGUAGAAAAAAAAAUAGGAGAGAAAAAAAAAGAAAAAGACAGAAAGACAACCACGCGCUAAUCCCCACUCGAAGAUAAAGAAGUUAAAGAUUUGUGUUUUUUAUUUGUUUUCCCGGACCAGGUAGAAGCGGUGCGGCCGGCCCAGAAGCGAGCAUUAUGCAUUCAGAUUGCAGGCUGCUAUGUGCAGAGCGGUAAUGGUGGGCAGAGGACCGACAGGGGCCGAACUUCUCGUCCUGUCGAUUCUCAUCAUUCUCACCGCGGAAAGCUGUCGAGCUCAGAAAGGUGAUGGCUGUGGCCCCAGUGUACUCGGUCCCAGCAGUGGGACUCUGUCCUCUCUGGGGUAUCCGCGAACAUACCCAAACAACACGGUUUGUGAGUGGGAGAUCAGUGUUCCCUGUGGGAAGAGGAUCCACUUCCGAUUCGCUUUGCUGGACAUAGAAGACAGUGACUGUCAGGUCAACUACCUCCGCCUCUAUAAUGGCAUCGGACCAGGGAGGAGCGAGAUUGUGAAGUACUGCGGUCUGGAUCUGAAGGUGGAAGAGCUGAUCGAGUCCUCGGGCAACCAUGUCACUGUUCAGUUCAUGAGUGGGACGCAUCACAGCGGACGUGGAUUCUACCUGUCCUACUCCACCACUGAACAUGCAGAUCUAAUCACCUGCCUGGACAAAGGAACGGACUUCCCUGAGGCAGAGUUCAGUAAAUACUGUCCUGCAGGCUGCUUGACAUCCACAGAGGAGAUUUCUGGAACUAUGCCUAAUGGAUAUAGAGAGUCGUCUCCUCUGUGUGUGGCAGCUGUCCAUGCAGGUGUGGUGUCCAACGGUGCGGGGGGGAAGAUCACGUUGGUGAGCAGUAAAGGCAUCCACCACUACGAGGGCACACUGGCUAACAAUGUCACUUCCACUGGAGGAACUUUGUCAAACAGCCUUUUCACAUUCAGAACAAACGGCUGCUAUGGAACCCUGGGUUUGGAGUCCGGUGUUGUCGCAGACACUCAGCUCAGUGCUUCAUCGGUGUUGGACAGGAGUGUCCAUGAUGAUCAGCACAGGGUGUGGGGGCCAUCAGGGGCUCGGCUUAAAAAGCCGGGGUGGCCCUGGGAGCCUUCACAGAGCGACCAGCAGCAGUGGCUGCAGGUGGAUCUGAAGCGGGAGAAGAGGAUCACAGGCAUCAUCACCACAGGUUCUACCCUGAGGGAGUACCAGUAUUAUGUUUCCAUGUACCGAGUCCUGCACAGUAAUGAUGGCAAGCAGUGGCACAUCUACAGGGAAGCAUCUUCUACACAAGACAAGAUUUUUCAAGGCAACAUCAACUACCUGCAUGAAGUGAGGAAUAACUUCAUUCCUCCAAUCGAGGCUCGGUUUGUGAGGAUAAAUCCUAUCUCAUGGUACCACAGAAUGGCGCUGAAGUUUGAGCUGCUUGGCUGCCAACGUCCUCCAGGGACAGAGCUGAGGCCGAGGAUGUUACCCCCUUCCCAUUAUACUCCUCCUCCUGCUGGUACAAAGUGCUCACCUCGUCUUGGCCAAACCACACACACCCCGGACAUCAGAAACACCACCAUGCCUCCUCACACUGACAAAGAUGUGGCGUUGGCAGCGGUUCUGGUACCCGUGUUGGUCAUUGUUCUGACAGUUCUGUUGCUUACUGUGGUUUGUGCUUUCCACUGGAGAAACAAAAAAAAGAGCUCAGAGGGAACGUAUGAUCUCCCUCACUGGGACCGCUCGGACUGGUGGAAAAGCAUGAAGCAGCUGCUGCCCUCCAAGAUGAUGGAGACGGAGGAUUCGGUUCGGUAUAGCAGGAGUGAAGUCAGCCGGCUAACAGGGAGAGGUGCUGUACCGAGCCUGCAUGCGGAGUCUGCAGAAUAUGCCCAGCCACUUGUGGGUGGAGUGACAAUAUUAGGUGCACGGUCAACCUUUAAACCAGAUGAGAGACCUGGCCCAGGAUACUCAGAUCCAGACAUGUAUGAUGCUCCCAUCUCGCCAGACGUGUACCACGCCUAUGCAGAGCCGCUGCCUUCUUCUAGGUCUGAAUAUGCUACUCCAAUCGUGGUUGGCAUGAGCUGCCACCCAUCAGGCAGCUCCGCUUUGAGCCAGCACUCCACAGCGUGUAGCUUUUUGAACGCUGGAUCGACCUCGCUGGCCACACAAACGGACAGCGGCUGGUCCGGCAGUUCGGCAUAUGAUACACCCAAGACUGCCACUGGACAGGCCACGCCCACUGAGGAUCUGACCUAUCAGGUCCCUCAGAGUAGCACUCAGAUAUCAGGACAGAGCUGAAGAGUCCAGAUGCACAUGGCCUUAAUCUGCCCGUCACUGCCAACCAGUAACAACCCAGAGGACAGAGACAGGGUUGCUGGAGGAGGUUUUGAACCUAGACUGGAGUCUUGAAUGAACUACCUUCGCUUCAGAUUCACCUGGAGAUAUCCGUAUUGCCUGAACGUUUCUGCAAGGCCGCAAACUGCUUGUGUAGUGCCAUUACAGUCCAAUCACUGAAACCACAGAGAUGAAUGUGCUGGUGCCGGGUGCGAGACGGAAAGGAGAAAAUCUGACUACUAUUUGAUGAAGACUGUCCCUGUUCUGUGAUAAUGCGCAGGUCUUCCAGCCUGAGAAACUGUGAUUUUUCUGCAGUUGUACUUCUGUUACAUCGCUGAUCAUUCUAGAUUUCCAUUCAUCAAAUCAGAUUUUUUUUUCUUCUUACUGAAAAACUGCAUGUUGCAUCAAAUACCUUUCAUGAAAGUUCCUCCUUUGUCUAGAAACUCUUGCCAUGGUACGCUGUCGUCCUACUUUAAAUGCAUGACUUGAAAUUUUGUAUUCCAGUAAUUCCAUUACUGCAGUCCUCUUAAAACUCAAAUGAUUUAUUUAUUUUUAUUUCACAUCCUGCUGAUUAAAGAGCGGCCCCACCACUACCCUAAGCUGGUGGAUCAAAGAAUGGAGGGGGUGCAUUGUUGUGGCUGACAGUAGGUUUUUAAUACAUGAGGUAUUUUAGGUUGAGGCCAAUCAGGAGAAUCAAUCCAGUGAACCACCCACAGAAAACAGACCAAAUAUUGCCUUUUCUGUGUCGAUGCAAUAUUGAUUCUUGAUGGCAGUUUUAGCCAAAUAAAAUUUACAGCAGUCUUAAUUUUUUUUUAAAGAUCCUCACAUGAAAGGUACAGUAAGGAGGUAGAGUAAAUGUUACAGCUGUGAUUAGUUUGUCCAAGUCAAGAUGAUUGUCUGGUGUUUAAUAAUGUUGAAUUCAAGGUGACCUUCAUUGUGUCUUUGUGCAUCAAUGUCUGUAUGUGCGUUAAGCUAUUUCAAUAUUUCUGUGUGUGUGUUUUGAUUGUUAGGUUGUGGCUUAUGUAGUCCUAGGUGGUGUCUGUAGCACCUGUAAACUGUGUUUCUGACCUGCGUACCUGUGGUACUGAUCUGACCAAACAGUGGGGGACGGGAAUGCAGAUGAUGGAGAAAUGUCCAUCAUGCUGUUUUUUUUUUUUUUUUUGUCUUUACAGAACAGCCUCACCUGUGGGAGGGUGUUGUU